UGGUUGCCCACGUGACCAUACUAAGCGACGCAUACGAGCCGCGUUACAGUGGUGCCUGCCACCUGCGGUAUCCGGGCCCUUCAACCAUGCGUCCUCGAACCGUUGUUUGCCUACUGAUCCUCAGCAUCGUCCUGGUGACUGUGGGCUUCACGAUGCUCGUCUUGUUCGUUCCGCAGCUCCGGUUCCCCAAGACUCAAAUCACGUGCGACACUCCGGCGAAAAUGCAACGAGCGUCGCCGCAUACCGACGCAGCGGCUGUCGCGGCCAAGGAGGACGGCGCUGCCGCUCCGCCAUUGUCGCCAUUCCUGCACGCAACGCCAGCCGCUGCCGUCAAGACUGCGGUCUUGGCCCAGGGCCGGCAUCUGCCAAAGCCGAUAGGCUUUCCCGUCGUCGCCGUCGUGCUGGGCUUCUUGCUGCUGUGGCUGCUGCGCACCACCGGGAUUCUGCUGCCGGCGCUCAUAGCCGCGUCGGCCCUGGCUGCGCUCGUCGUGCCCCUGGGUCACCGAACGGCGCCCACGGAGACCGGAGGCCCGACGUGCGGACUCAGCGCCAUCUGCCGCCUCACCGAGACGGCUCGAACCAACGUGCACCUGCGCAUGGAACUGGCCGGCCUUCCCGAGCCGUACGUGAAGCACGUCGGCCGUCUGCUGGCACUCCUGCAGGGCAUCAACUGCGACCGCGUCGAGCAGAGCUGCAGUCGCAUCUCGUUCUCGGACCUGCUUCCUUUCUGAGAAGGCACGUCUUGCAGACGGCAUGGCUCGAGACAAACCGCCUCGCGAGACCGAAUGACAAAGGACUAACUCACCCGCAUGCAUUACCAUAGGCUGUGUACUUAAGACUACUCGUUUCAGCGUUUGGCAAAACAUUGUUUCAUUCUGCAUGUACCGGCCAACCAUAGCGACAUCUGGUGACAGGCGAAUGAGCAAACCCUCUCUGUCAGCCUCAAAAUCAAGGAACCCAUGUUUCUGCCCCAGCUGGGAUUUUAGCCGCUGACAACAGCACGUUUUAGAUCUUUCCGUGCUGCUCUCGUUUUCAAUUACUUAAGCACUGUACAUGUACCAUGGCGCCCUUGAAGAGGGAUAGAGGCGGAUGUAUGCAUAUGGCUCUGUACCAGGAAAUAAAAGUGCUGAGGGAAGUUAGCGCUGAAAAUUG